GUGAUAAAGCUCUUACAAUCAAAAUACCAUUACAAAGAAGAGGCUGAAAUCAUCUGUAACAAAGUUCAAGUUAAACUCAGCAAGGAAUGUUUUCAUCCUAAAAGCUGCAUUACUGACCUCAGGACUUCACACUGGGAAGAAGCAAUCCAGGAAACAAAAGGUGGUGCGGCCAAUAGGAAAUUAGCUGAAGAAUGUUAUUUCCUGUGGAAAUCUACACGUUUACAGCAUAUGACACUAGCAGAAGAUGUCAAAGCCAUGCUCACUGAACUUCGAAAGGAGGUCCGCCUACUUUUAUUAACAAAUGGAGAACAACAGACCCAGAGGGAGAAGAUCAAGGCUUGUGCCUGUCAGUCCUAUUUUGACGCUAUUGUUGUAGGUGGAGAGCAGAAAGAGGAGAAACCGGCACCUUCCAUAUUUUAUUACUCCUGUGAUCUCCUUGGAGUACAGCCUGGGGACUGUGUGAUGGUUGGUGACACACUAGAAACCGAUAUACAAGGAGGCCUCAAUGCAGGACUGAAGGCAACAGUCUGGAUAAAUAAAAAUGGAAUGGUGCCAUUGAAGUCAUCCCCCAGGCCGCAUUUUAUAGUUUCUUCUGUGCUAGAGUUACCUGCUCUCUUACAAAGUAUAGACUGCAAAGUCAGUGUGUCUGCUUAAAGCACAGAAAAGGCAACCCGCCUGCCCUAAAGGCCUCUGCUGUCAGCAGUUUCCUGGGUAUCUGCGUAUAUAGGUAGGUAUGAGUAUAUAGAAUUCCUCUGAUUCAGGCAGGUUUUUAUUCCUGUUUUUCAGUUUUAGGAGGCAAUGAUCUUGCUAAGAAACUGAUUAAAAAAGUCAUGAAUCUUC